GCCAACAUGGCGGUCAGCAUCCGCGGGCGUCCGACCCGGAGUGUACGGAUGAGAGGUCGGAAUGACAGCGGGGAAGAGAAUGUACCGCUGGAUCUUACGCGGGAACCCUCGGAUAACAUGCGUGAGAUCCUUCAGAACAUUGCCAAAUCUCACGGGGUUUCCAACAUGAGGAAGCUUGGCCACCUGAACAACUUUGUUAAGCUCCUGAACAGUGUAAGUCACUGUGAAGAGAAAUUAGGAUUUACAUAUGAGGAAAUCAUCAUUUGUCUGCGUGUAGCGUUGUUGAAUGAGGUGAAGGAGGUUCGGGCUGCAGGUUUGAGAGCACUAAGGUAUCUGAUCCAUAAUAGUAGCGUCCUCCAGAAAGUUCUUCAGCUGCAGGUGGAUUACCUGGUCUCCAGGUGUAUUGACAUUCAGCAAAGUAAUGAGGUGGAGAGAACUCAAGCCCUCAGACUGGUCAGAAAGAUGAUAACAGUGAACGCACAGCUCUUUCCCAGCUCUUUGACAAACUCUUUGAUCGCGGUGGGGAACGAUGGGCUGCAGGAGAGAGAUCGCAUGGUUCGAGCCUGCAUCGCCAUCAUUUGUGAACUUGCACUGAAGAACCCAGAGAUUGUGGCACAGCGGGGGGGGUUGAACACCAUCCUAAAGAACGUCAUCGACUGCCAGCUGAGCCGCAUCAACGAGGCCCUGAUCACCACCAUACUGCACCUGCUCAAUCACCCGCACACACGCCAGUACAUACGCACCGAUGUUGAACUGGAGCAAAUUCUCGCACCUUACACAGACUUUCACUACAGACAUAACCCUGACACAGCAGAGGCACAAAUCAAGGAAGACAGAGAAGCUCGUUUUUUAUCCAGUAAAAUGGCUAUUGUUGCAGCCUUCCGCUCAUGGUCAGGUAUUAUAAACCUGUGUAAAUCAGGAAACUCAGGGGUCCAGUCUUUGAUAGGCCUGCUCUGUAUACCAAACAUGGAAGUCAGGAAAGCCUUAUUAGAAGUCAUGUACGAGAUCUUCAGAUUGCCUGUUCCUAUAGUGACAGGAGAUUUUGAGGAAGCGCUGCACAGCGUGGACCCCAGCAAGUUUCAGGACAGCUGGAGACUCUCUGAUGGGUUUGUAGCUGCAGAAGCCAAAGUCAUAUUGCCUCACAGAGCACGAUCCAGACCAGACCUCAUGGACAACUACCUGGCACUACUGCUGUCUGCCUUUAUCAACAGUGGACUACUGGAGGGUCUGGUGGAGGUGGUGACCAGCAGUGAUGGACUGAUAUCAGUGAGAGCCACCAUACUGCUUGGGGAACUUCUGCAUAUGGCCAAUACGAUUCUUCCUCACUCUCACAGUCAUCAUCUGCACUGUCUGCCCACGCUAAUCAACAUGGCUGCUUCCUUUGACAUCUCUCAGGAGAAACGGCUACAUGCCAGUGCAGCUGUGAACCACCUGAAGCGUUUCCACGAAAAGAAACGUCAUGGCUCCAAACCUUACAGUCUUUACCUGGAUCACAUCCUGCGCAGGACGUCCAACUCCACUCACAAGAGAGAGCAGCACCAGCGUCCACAGAAGGACAUCUAUGUUAUGAAGGACACUGAAGAGGCGCUGAUGAUGAACUUGAGGGACAGUCAGAUCCUCAAUCACAAACAGAACCUGGACUGGAACUGGGUUCUGAUCAUCACUAUACUGAAGUGGCCAAAUGUGAACCUCAGAAACAACAAGGACGAGCAGAUGCACAAGUUUGUAAGGAGGUUGCUGUAUUUCUAUAAGCCCAGCAGUAAGCUGUACUCGGCUCUGGAGCUGGAUCACGCCAAAGCCAGACAACUGACGGUAGCGGGCUGCCAGUUCAACCAGUUCCUCUUGGAUUCAGAUGAGGACGGUCAGGUGUAUCUAGAGGAGCUCGUGAAGGAUAUCGUCCAGUGGCUCACAUCCUCUUCUGGGCUUAAAUCUGAACGCAGUCUCCAUAGCAACGGCCUCCUCAGCACCCUCAGUCAGCACUACUUCCUGUUUCUGGGUACUCUCUCUGCACAGCCGGCUGGAGUCAAAAUGCUGGAGAAAUGUGGCGUAUUUCAGUGUCUGUUGAGCUUGUGCUCGAUGAAAAACCAGGAUCACCUGCUGAAACUAACGGUCUCCACUCUGGACUACAGCAGAGACGGACUCGCGCGAGUCAUCCUGUCCAAGAUCCUUACGGCGGCCACUGACAACUGCCGUAUGUACGCCACCAAACACCUGCGUGUGCUGCUGCGCGCUAACGUUGAGUUCUUCCGUAACUGGGGGAUGGAGUUGUUAGUCACACAGCUGCAUGACCACAACAAAACUGUUUCCAUGGAGGCCCUGGACAUCCUGGACGAAGCCUGUGAAGAGAAGGCCAGCCUGCACGCUCUGAUCCACAUGAAACCAGCUCUGUCUCACCUGGGAGAGAAAGGCCUUCUGCUGCUGUUGAGGUUCCUGUCCAUCCCAAAGGGCUUCUCUUACCUCAAUGAAAGAGGCUACGUCAACAAACAGCUCGAUAAAUGGCAGAAGGAGUAUAAUCUGAAGUAUGUGGACAUGAUUGAGGAGCAGUUGAAUGAAGCUCUUACAACAUACCGCAAACCUGUUAAUGGAGACAACUACGUCCGCCGCAGCAACCAAAGGUUACAGAGGCCAAAUGUGUUUCUCCCUGUGCAUUUAUAUGGGCAGUUGGUCCAUGAUAAAACCGGCUGCCUGCUGCUGGAAGCUCAGGGUGUUAUCCCGGAUCUCAGCUACACAGUCCGAUCUCCAGUGUUGGAUAAAUGGGAAGGCAUUAAACAGCUGAAGGCGGCUCUAUGGGCUCUGGGCAACAUUGGCAGCUCAAACUGGGGUCUGAACCUCCUACAGGAGGAGAACGUGAUUCCAGAUAUUAUUGUUCUGGCUCAGCACUGUGAGGUUCUGUCCAUACGUGGUACGUGUGUGUAUGUGCUGGGCGUGAUCAGCCGCACACGGCAGGGCAGUGAUGUGCUGAAGGCUUUGGGAUGGGACUCCGUUCGGCACAGCCGCAGGCAGCAGUGGCCUGUCGUCCCUGAUGAAGUGGAUGCUCCGCUACCCAGCGAACUGUCAUCAGUGCCCAGCACGCUCAGCCUCAACUCGGAGUCCACCAGCUCACGCCACAACAGCGAGAGCGAAAGUCAGCCCAGUUUGUAUUUCGUGGAUGACGAUCGCGAGGGUUUGGACAUGUACGAGGACUCUUCUCUCAGUAUGCACACAAAAACCUCAAAGGACAGAAGCCCCUUCACCAUUCUGACCCCUUCACAUCUCCGAAACCGCUUUCUGAACUCCCUGUCUCUGCCCAGUAAGAAGGGACGGAGCCCCAGUGACACUAAAGGCACGACAAACGCGGGAAAAUCUCCCGAGGAGCUCCGGCUCAUGCGGCGCAACCGGACCAUAACAGAGCUCUCUAACUAUUCUCCAGGCCAAUCGGGGCAGAGCGAGGUCUUUUAUAAUGGCAGUCGCAUGCCUCGCAGCCCAACGGUCAGCCUUGAGACUUCGUUUGUGGGUAUAAAAGCACUAGCAGAGCCGUAUGGCACUGAGGGAUGCUCUUAUUUGGACGGCACUGGUCAACAUAAGGCCGUGACCCCGGGCGACGGCGCCUCCGUGAUGCCAGGCGGCGGCACGUUUAAGAGCCGCAGUCAUAGCUUCAACACGGACACGACCACCAGUGGCAUCAGCUCCAUGAGCUCAUCCCCUUCCCGAGAGCCCGCCUCCUCCAUCGCCAUGGAUACGGACUGCGCCAGCCUCAACACGGUGGUCAGCGCCAAAACUGUGAAAAUGCAACACUCGCUCAGUCCUCAGUCCAACCACAACCACAUCCUGUUGUCCAAGUCCAAUUCCACCUCGCUGGUUCCUCUGGGGUCGGCACACACGCUGCCGCGCAGGGCGCAUUCGCUGAAGUCGCCCUCGGUGGCCACGAUCAAGAGCCUGGUGGACUGCAGCUACAUCUACACGAGCCACCGUGAUGCGCUGGGAUACGCCACGCUGAAACGGCUGCAGCAGCAGAGGAUCCACCCGUCUCUCUCACACAGCGAAGCGCUGGCGUCUCCCGCUAAAGAUGUGCUGUUUACAGACACCAUCACCAUGAAAACACGCAGCCUCGACUCACGGCUCACCCCACGCAGGUUUUUGAAAGCUCUGAGUUUUGCGUCUCUGGAUAAGGAGGACUUGCUGAGUCCGAUCAAUCACUCCACCCUGCAGCGCUGCUCUUCCCUGCGCUCCAUGGUCUCUAGCGCCACCUUCGGCUGCAGUGAGGACUACAUCGGCCUGGCACUGCCCCUGGACAUCAACCACAUGUUUCAUAUUAAAGAAACAUCAUAUUUCCAGAAGAGAACAAGCCCUCCUGCUGGAGAAAAAUCAUCCAAAUUUCUUUUUGGAGAAUCUGAUGAGUCGUGUCAUGGUCCUGCACUAAAGCCACAGAUGAGUAUAACAGAGCUGUUAAACAGCAGCCGGUCAGAACAGCACCACUUGCUGGGAGACGAUAGUACAGGCCUACAGGAGCACACAGAGCAGAACUGCCUCUACUGCAGCGCUUUCACCGUCCUCGGCUCACACACACACAGCCACCUGAACAACACACACACUCGCACAGAUCUGUCUGAUGGUUUCUCUCAGUGGCACAGCCAGCCUUCCCAUAAUCACCUGGAGGUGGUCGUGCAGUCCAAGUUCUCGGGGAUCUCGGGCUGCAGCGAUGCAGCCGUCAGUCAGGGUUCGGCCAGCAGCACUCCCAGCACAGAGCUCAUACUGGGUGGAAAGGCGAUAUCUGAGGAUGGACCGGCCUGCAGAGUUCUGUUGAGGAAAGAGGUUCUGCGACUCGUCAUCAACCUCAGCUCUUCAGUCGGCACCAAAGGACACGAAACCGGACUGCUCACGAUAAAGGAGAAGUUUGCGUUCACUUUUGAUGACAUCUGCCUGUACUCUGAGGUGUCCUUCCUGCUGGCCAACUGCAGGUUUCGUCUGGCCUCACGCCGCUUCAUCCAAGAGCUCUUCCAGGAUGUGCAGUUCAUUCCGCUGUAUGAUGAAGCUGAAGCAGUGCUGAAUAAACCACCGCAGCCUGUUCCUGUGGAGACUGAAGAGUCUUGAUACCUCGGUCAGCUUCCUGAACACCUCUCUGCUGUUAUCCCAUCCUCUCAUAUGGCACAGACAGACACGCAUGGAGGACGAGGAAGGAAUCGCUUACAGGAACACCGAAACAAGCCCCUGGACUUCAGACGGUGUUUCUGAAGGGGAGCAGUUUACCAAAUAAUGUCUUCAGACUGUGAAACAGGUGAACCGCUUCACAUGGUCUGAACAUACGGAUGGACGUGUUCACAAAGAACGAUUUAAAUGAAAAAGCUGUUUACACUUUAAGAGCGCCAGAUGCACAAAUGAGAGAGAUGCUUCUCUGCACUGGUGUUUGUACAUAUCCACCCCAUCCCGAUAUUUCAAAAUAUCACACAAACACUACAAAGAAUUCAGCGCAAAUGAUUUGACGAUGAAUUUAGGACUUCCAGAACUGAAAGAAUGGGCGAAACAUUGAUUACAUUUGUACUAUUUAUUAGUUUCUUUUCUUUUGUACGUGUGUGUUUGGAUUUUUUAUGACCUCCAGACAAUCAGAAUUCAGUGUUUUGGAGUUAAAAAAAAAAAACACAGCGAUAUUUGAACCCUUAGCAUCACACAUUUUUGGAAAUCUGUCAUCCGCAUACCGUCUCAAAUACUCUCGCAGGAAAUUCUCCUCCAAAAGACGCAGGCGAAGCACACGCACACAUACUCGAUCACAGAGCUAGUUCGACUGAUAAUAGUCUGGAUGUUUUCAUCAACUCCAGGGUGGGUCUCACGAAGUCCAGGUUGUAUUUCACCUCAUUUAUGAUUACUGUAAAGCUGAAUUCUGUGAGAAAUGUUCUUGAUUAUCAUGAAAAUUGAGUCGCAAUGCAAAAGAUCUUCAUGGAAAAAUGAAUUGCAUCUUUUGUAAUCUGAUUUUGGAUUGAAAUGUGACCCGGACAUGUGAGGUUCACCCAUUAAUUUGGAUCGGACGAACAGCGGUUAUUAAAUUUCUGCAUAAAACCUUUGCAGACUCAUUCUCCAUAUCAUACUAGACUCGUCUGGUGCUGUGGUCUGCUCACCAUACACUGAUCUGAUGCUGAUCGGUGAUACGGUGGUGGUUAGUUUGGACUCAGACCUAUAGGUAAUUAAACCAGAAGUGAAACAUAAUCAUGCAUGGUAUCAUUUUAUUGACAUAUGAUUAAUAAAAGUGAUCAUCAAGUACCUUUGAAGGAAUAGGAGUUCAAUACAAGUCAUAGUACAAUACAUAAUACAAGUCUUUGGUUUGAUGUUGAUUACAACAGAAAAUCGUUUUGGCUGUGUAAGCAGUCCAGAGCAUGAAUUAAAAAAUUAAGCCCAUUUUAGGACCAAUAAUGUUUUUUUUUUAUGUGACAAUUAAGCACAUUUCCAUUAAAUAUUCAGAUUGUAAUGUGAAAAUUGCUAAAUAUUUAUACACACCAUGGUAAUAUUUGUUGUACUGUCUUGAUGCUGAUUUUUUUUUUAAAAACAAUUUUUAUGUAC